UUAGGACCCCUACUACGAGAUAUGCCGGAUAUUGUACAGACAACGGGUGCAGCACAGGAUCCCAUCGGAACAAGGCCAGAUCGCCAGCGCCUCCCCGCUCGAUCCAGCGCCAGCGCCCGGUCGCUGGCCCCGGCCAUGGAUCCCUACAAGCACCGGCCGACGAGCGAGGCCAACUCUGGCUACUGGACCACCAACUCCGGUGCGCCCGUCUGGAACAACAACAACACCCUCACCGUAGUGAGGGGUCCAGGCAUAUGGCUCACUGUUCGUACUGUCCCAAUGCAGCGGCUUCAGCUUCGCCUGCUGGUCGUCUGCACCGAAUGCCGCGCCCGGGACCGCCGGUGGCCUCGAGGACGCCGCCCAGGCUCAAGGCGUACGAGGGCGUGCCGCCGCCGUACGACAGGACCAAGCGCAUGGUCAUCCCUAACGCGCUGAAGGUUCUGAGGCUGCAGCCUGGGCACAGGUACUGCCUCCUCGGCCAGCUCUCCAAGGAGGUCGGAUGGAACUACGCUCACACCAUCAGGUUGGCUGUUACUUCUCUGGUUUUAUAUUGAGUUUGGGAAUUUGGUAUUGAUGAUAGUCCGGCGACUCUGUCAUUUGAUGCACAAGUCCAUGCACGUCGGCUCUCUGGGUCGUCCAGUAAAGCUGUCGAAGGAGCUUCAUGCUGAAGAACAUAACACUUGUAGAGCUUGUAAAAUACUGUAUCUCAUUAUUGAACUUGUGGAGCUUGUAGCUGUGACUGGCAUACUGUUAUUACACUUGCAGAGCUUGCAAAGUGUAUGUUAGAGCUUAUUAUGUGUUAUUUGUACAGCAGGAGCUUUGUAUUGAAUCUGGCUGAUAAUAUUUGAAGUGUUAC